CCCCACUAACUGAACACACCAACUGAACCGUCGGCAACAAAACCAAUGUUUGGUGUUGUGUUCUAUUUCAAGCAAUGCUAUUAACUGUACGUUAUUUGACCUCAAUUCUUCGGUGACAAUGGCUGGGCAAUCCCCCUCACCGCACAAACCUCGCUCGCGAGGUCAACGAUCUAAAAAAGCUAUGUCUGAGAGUGAUUCAAUAGCUACCCCUACAUCGCCAGUGACCAGACGUACAAGCGGGAAUCAACCCACGUAUCCAUUGGCCUCUCUACUUUGGUCUGCACGUAGCUCGACAUCACAAUGGGUGGUCCUUCCUUUAAUACUAAUGGCGGUGGGAUUGUUCAGAUGGGCUACUGGACUUUGGGGUUAUUCUGGUGCGUUAUGUAAAUCUGUCAACUACGGGGCUCUGUUACUGACAAUUUUCUACAGGAUAUCAAAGCCCACCGAUGCAUGGGGAUUACGAAGCUCAGAGACACUGGAUGGAGAUCACGACGCAGCUUCCUAUUUCACAAUGGUACUUCCACGACCUCGAAUGGUGGGGAUUGGACUAUCCACCCUUGACUGCAUAUCAUAGUUGGGUUCUUGGAAAGAUCGGAGGACUUAUAAACCCCUCAUGGUUUACACUUUAUACGUCGCGAGGACUGGAUGAUCCAACGAUGAAAGUUUUUAUGAGAGCUACAGUUAUCAUUUCCGAAUACUUGGUAUUUGUGCCUGCGGCGGUCAUCUUUGUUCGACGACUAAGCAAGCUGCAAACUGUCAAUAUAUGGACAGCAUCAAUUGCAUUGACAGCGAUACUCAUGCAGCCAGGAUCAAUCCUCAUCGACCACGCACAUUUUCAAUACAAUACAGUAAUGCUUGGACUGGUUCUGGCUAGCAUGUCUAGUGUCCUCGCAGGUAGAUACAUGUGGAGUUGUGUGUUUUUUGUCAUGGCAUUGGGAUUCAAACAGAUGGCUCUAUACUAUGCGCCGGCAAUGUUCGCAUACCUGCUGGGUGUCUGCAUCUUUCCUGCGAUUAAUAUCCCUAGAUUUCUAGGUAUUGCGAUUGUAACAUUGGCAUCGUUUGCGAUCCUAUUUCUGCCUCUGUUCUUGGGUGCUAUUUACGAUAAAAAUCACGGUAUCAGUGCUCGUCCAGAGCUCGAUGGUUAUGCUGCGCCAUUACCGGUUCUUAGCCAUCUCUCAUAUAAGCUGGAUUAUCGCGCAUGGUACUACCCUAUCCUACAACAAGGUGCGCAGGUUAUAUACCGAGUCUUCCCUUUUGCACGAGGUCUUUUUGAAGAUAAGGUAGCCAAUUUCUGGUGUGCAUUGAACGUCGUUAUCAAGCUUCGAAACUUUGAUAAGGAUCUUCUUCAAAAAGCUUCGCUACUUUUCACUUUAGCGUCCAUUACUCCUCCAUGCCUUAUUAUAUUCUUCAAGCCACGGAGAGACCUGUUACCUUUAGCCUUAGCGACAUCAGCUUGGGGAUUCUUUCUCUUCAGUUUUCAGGUUCAUGAGAAAAGCGUUUUGCUACCUCUAAUGCCGAUGACCGUGAUACUUGCUGGCCGAGGUGGGCUUAGUAAAGGAACUAGAUCAUGGAUAGCAUUUGCGAAUGUGCUUGGUGCCUUUACGAUGUUUCCAUUGUUGCAAAGAGAAGAGUUGCGAGUUCCUUACUUUGUGCUUGUUCUUCUGUGGCUAUACCUCCUUGGACUUCCCCCCUUUGCUUUUGAGGUGUAUGCACAACAUAACGAUGGCAAUUGGAUAGGAUUCGGAACAACGUUAAUCCAUACGGUCUUUUAUGAAGCAAUGCUCGGUUGGCACUUGGGCGAAGUGUUCUACACGCCACCUCCAAUGUAUCCAGAUCUCUGGGUAAUCUUAAAUGUUGGAGUUGGUGUCGCUGGAUUUGGUAUAUGUUAUCUAUGGUGUCUAUGGUCUUUGGCAGUCGAAAGUGGUCUUCUGGAGUCACCAGGUUCGGAAAAGAAGAAGGCAAAGACGAAAAAGGUUCAAUGAUCGAUUUAAAAGUUUGCCAUAUACCCUCAUACAAGACUAUAUUGUUGUCAAUUGUAUAAAUAUGUUAUAUACCUCUGCUGGUCAAAAUCCGGAGUCGUAUCACCUUCCAAGAGAUUUCCACAUGAGUUUCCACACGGGUUUUCAAAUCAGGCAAUACGAAAUGUAAGCAGGUAAG